AUGGCUUCGACGCUUUCGCCGCCGCUGUCUCCGGCAGCCUCAUCAUCCCUUCGUCCUACGGCGGUGAAUAGAUCCUUGACUGCUCCGGACAAAAUGGCUGUCAAUGGCCAUUUCGCAUCGGCUGGCCAGAAUGGCACCGCCAAUUUCGAGCAUGGCGUGCAAGUUAUUGACGAAGAGAAGGACUUCAAUACGGAUCUCGCGAAAUACUUACAAUUUGCCGAUGUUGCCCACUCUGGUUUCAAUUACCAUGUGAUCUCUGUGUUUGGUUCCCAAUCCACCGGGAAGUCCACGCUCCUCAAUGCUCUAUUCAACACACAGUUCGGCGUCAUGUCCGAAGCGGAACGCAAGCAGACCACUAAAGGCAUCUGGCUCUCCAAGAACAAAUCCAAGACUGCGGGCAUGGCAGACAAUAUCCUGGUCAUGGACGUGGAGGGAACCGAUGGCCGAGAGCGAGGAGAAGACCAAGACUUCGAGCGCAAGAGUUCUCUUUUCGCUCUUGCAACCAGCGAAGUUCUAAUGGUCAAUAUCUGGGAACACCAAGUCGGUCUCUACCAAGGUGCCAAUAUGGGUCUUCUGAAAACAGUCUUCGAGGUCAACCUGCAGCUGUUCCUCAAGGACAAGAAGUCCACUUCUCGAAGCCUCCUAUACUUUGUUAUCCGCGACUUUCUGGGUACUACGCCGCUACAGAAUUUACGCAAUACAUUGAUGCAGGACAUGGGCAAGAUUUGGACCAGCCUUUCCAAGCCCAAAGGUCUCGAGAACAGCAGUAUUGACGACUAUUUCGACUUUGCAUUCACCGCUCUACCCCACAAGCUCUACCAACCUGACCAAUUUCAGCAGGAAGUCAACAAGAUGGCCACACGCUUCAAGGAUGGGCAUCGGGAUGCUCGAAGGGACCCCCUCAAGAGCGAAUUCGAAUCCGGCGUCUUCCUCCCGGAGUACCAUCGGCGCAUUCCGGCGGAUGGCUUCUCGCAUUAUGCUGAAGGUGUCUGGGAUCAAAUUGUUGAGAACAAAGAUCUCGACCUCCCUACACAACAGGAACUCCUCGCUCAGUUCCGGUGUGACGAAAUCAUGCGCGAGGUUUUGGUUGCAUUUGAUUCGGCCAUUACUCCCCUUGAGUCAAAGCAGUUGGAAGCAAGCAAGACAGGAGAAAGCCAUGUCUUGGCCGACCUGGGCAAAGUCAUGACUUCGGCCAGAACUGACACGAUAGCUAAUUUCGAAACCGAAGCGGGCCGCUACCACAAAGGUGUCUACCAACGAAAGCGUACCGAGUUAGAGAACAAGAUGGACACUCGUUUGAAGGCACUCUUCGUUGGGCAGCUCACAGCGGCUCAUAAGCUUGGAGUUGAAAACUUUAGCAAUGCUGUGAGCUCCGAGGUUAAGGCUGGUCAGAAGAAGGGCGCCUCAUAUGACUUCGCUGAGAUCGUAAAGGAGCAAAAGAGAGCUGCCCUUCAAAAGUUCGACUUGGCCGCUAAAGGUUCUGUGAUCGCAGGUCUCCCAUGGGCUAACUACAGCCAAGAGAUGACAUUGUACCAGAAAGAACUUGACAAGGUUUCCGCACAGCUACGCAAAGACGAAAUGAGAAGGCUCGCCACCCGUGUGGAGCGUUGGGUCCGAAGUAAACUCAACGACAGCGUAGGUCUGGAGUUCAACGCACUUGGCUCGGGACGCGGCGGUACCGGUGCACCAGAGAAGGGCGACAAGCCUGUCGAACAAGGCAUCUGGGACCGAAUUUGGGUCCUUUUCAAGAAAAUCGUUGACGAGGCGGAGACGCGGUUCGCAGAUCGAGCACGAUCUUUCGACGCAAGUCCAGAAGAAGUUGAAGUUGGCAUCUGGAGACUGCGACGAAAAUCGUGGGGUGUCCUGCGCGCCAAGAUCGAUGAGGAGAUGAUGGAAGGCAACCUCCUCCUGAAACUGCGCGAAAACUUUGAAGACAAGUUUCGCUACGAUGAAGAAGGCGUGCCUAGGAUAUGGCGCCCAACAGAUGACAUUGAGGGCAUCUAUACCAAGGCAAGAGAGAGCACAUUACAGUUGAUACCUUUGCUUUCGCGAUUCAGGCAUUCUGAAACUGGCAGUCCUCCACCGCUGGACGUGUGGAUCGGCAACCAGCCUGCCUCAGCUACCGCCGCAGAUGAAGAGGACCUUACGCCUAUCGGCGGCGUUGACGAAGACGAGGGCAAGAGUCUUGAGGAGGAGACCACAAUCUUGAAUGAAGCCAAGCGCCAGGACUUGACCGUCCGGUUCAAAAAGUCGGCUGAUGGUGUGUAUGUGGAGGCUAAGCGUAGUGCUAUUGGCGGCAUGACUCAAGUACCGCUGUACUUCUAUGGUUUGUUGCUGGCUCUUGGAUGGAACGAGAUUGUGGCUGUGCUUCGAAAUCCGCUCUAUUUCAUCUUCCUCAUCCUGCUUGGUAUCGGCGCUUACGUCACGCACCAGCUGAACCUUUGGGGCCCAAUGCUCAACAUGGCGAACGCAGCCUCGGCUCAAGCCUUGGAGGAGGGCAAGAAACGACUAAGAGAGUUCUUGGAGUCUUCAGAGACUGGACGAGCAGCUCUCUCGAUGCCCGCGGAUGGAGGAAGCUACGAAAUGAGAAGAAUGAAUAGCUCAAAAUCAAGUACGCCAACUGCCACUGCUGAAGAAGAUGACGACAUAUAA